UUUUUUUUUGUUUGCAGGAGUGUUAGAUAAGACUACCUGGUCCGCACUUUAUUGGCACGGUUGCUAAAAAUAAAUGUAAUAUAGUCUAAUCUGUUACAAAACAAAGCGGUUUUGGAAAAUAUUUUGAAGCCCAUGGCCUCUGAUCAUAGUUGCUGCGUCUCAGUCGUUCUUUUCCCGCCUACACGAUGUAAAAGACGCCAUUCAUGCCCUACUUGAAAGGAAAUGUUUACAUUGGUUAUAGAAUAUAUCCCUAUCCUUUUACUAUUUUACUGCGGACAUACUUUGUGACGAUAUUGGACAAUUAUGACAAGAGCACGUCUGUCACAAACAAAAUAUUUUAUUGACAAUUAGCUGCCCAAUAGCCGCAGCUUAUUCCAGCCGUGCCGCAUCUGCAUGUACCACGCGACGAGCUAGUUUGUUAUUGUACACGUCAAGCGGCUGGGGAACCAAUAGGAAAAGGUGUAUCACGUGGUUCGCUUCGCUCCAUCGUACAGCUGAUGGGCGACUCCUUCUCCGGCAGUGGGAAGAUGGCGGACUCAGAUCGUGUAGGUUUUCCCAUUGCCGGCGCUGUACUAGCUGUCUCAAAAGAAAAUGGCGAGCCCCUUUCUAAGAGGCUGCGCCUGGAUGAUACCGGCGGCGGUGAUGGGCAGCUUGUAGGCGCUGAAAGCGAGGGAAAGGCAGCAUUGCCGCCCAUAGCUGCUUCUCUCCAGGAGGAAGGCGAGGCCUCUUCGGCAAUGGAAAGCAAAUCUAGAGCGCACAGUGGCUCGGGCUUUCAGGGCCUCCCUUUGGAGAAGCGGCAGCUGGGGACGUAUUUGGCGCAAGGCCAGGAGGAGGGAGGAGCCGACGAGAUGCCCAAUGGAGACCUGUCGGAUCAGACUAUUGAUUACGGAGGGAGUAUCCAUCUAGAUGAUGAUCUUGCUGGCGGGUUUCAUUCUUGUGACAGUGAUGAUGAUGAUGGCACAUCUCAUGCGAGCUCAAGUGAUUGGGCCCCCAGGCCCUGUAUUGGGCCCUAUACAUUUGUUCAACGGCACUUAAUGAUGGGAACUGAUCCCAGGACAAUUCUUAAGGACCUACUCCCUGACCCUGUAGCACCAUCAGAGUUAGAUGAUAUGACUUUAUGGCAAAUUGUCAUAAACAUUCUUUCUGACCCACCAAAACGAAAGAAGCGUAAAGACAUCAACACCAUUGAUGACGUUGUGAAACUUUUACAAGAGAGCAAGAAAAUAAUUGUUUUAACUGGAGCAGGGGUUUCAGUAUCUUGUGGAAUACCAGAUUUUAGAUCAAGAGAUGGAAUUUAUGCACGUCUUGCCGUGGAUUUUCCAGAUCUUCCAAAUCCUCAAGCCAUGUUUGAUAUUGAAUACUUCAGAAAAGAUCCAAGGCCUUUUUUUAAAUUUGCUAAAGAAAUUUUUCCUGGCCAGUUCCAGCCAUCGUUGUGUCACAGAUUCAUAGCUAUGUUGGAUAAAGAGGAAAAGCUUCUUAGAAACUAUACUCAAAAUAUAGACACACUUGAACAAGUUGCAGGAAUUGAAAAGAUUAUCCAGUGUCAUGGAUCAUUUGCUGAAGCAUCUUGUCUUGUGUGUAAAUACAAAGUUGACUGUGAAGCUGUUAGGGAGGACAUAUUUAAUCAGAUAGUUCCAAGGUGCCCAAGGUGUUCACCUGAUGAGCCUCUUGCCAUCAUGAAACCGGACAUUGUAUUUUUCGGUGAAAACUUGCCAGAACAGUUUCACCGAGCUAUGAAAUAUGACAAAAACGAGGUUGAUCUUCUUAUCGUUAUUGGAUCUUCCCUGAAAGUCAGACCAGUAGCAUUAAUACCAAGUUCUAUCCCCCAUGAAGUGCCUCAGAUACUUAUUAAUAGGGAACCAUUGCCUCAUCUACGCUUUGAUAUAGAACUGCUUGGAGAUUGUGAUGUAAUUAUAAAUGAGUUAUGUCAAAGACUUGAUGGGAAAUACUCUCAGCUUUGUACUAAUUCCUUAAAACUUUCACAAAUCACUGAAAAACCUCCUCAAAUACACAAAGGUUUCCUUACCUCCCCAGAGACCAUCUCAUCUACAGACUUAAACACAGGGCAAACUGCGGAACUACAAAGUGAACUGCAGGAAACAGCCUUAAUAAGUGCUUCUAAUACAACAUGUUCAAUGGAAAAACCUAAGGAGGAUUCUAAGAUUUCACACAGCUGUACUGUUGAAAAUCUAGAAGUGUUUAAGGAAAUUAACGCACAAACUCUCAAAGGUUCGUCACAGACUGAAACACAGCCCACCAAUGAGAAAAAUCGAGAAACAACUGAUAAAGAUACUGACAUUGUUUCAAUCAAGGAUUUGGAAAGUAAAUAUACAAAAGAACAGAUCAGCAAGCACUUAGACCGCACACAGUUUUUGUUUUUAACACCAAAUCGCUAUAUUUUUCAUGGCGCAGAAGUGUUUUCGGAUUCAGACGAAGAUCUGACGUCUAGUUCCUGUGGAACAAAUAGUGACAGUGAAUCUUUACUUAGUCCAAGCCUGCAUGAACCUAUAGAAGAAGACAGCGAAACUGAAGAAUGCUUCCAUGCUAAAUGUGAAAAUGAGACUGAUACAGAUAAUAGGGCAGAUAUAGAGAAAGAAGCCCAGAGUGUUGUACUGUAUGAAAGUGAUGAUCUCCUAGGUAAUGAUGGUACUACAAUGAACUUAUAGUAUUAGCGAUGCCUUCAAUCCCACCAACCACCAGCAUUAAGACUUCCAAACUGGACAUAGUUGCAUGCCCGUUUGUGGGCUCAAUACAGCAUGCAUUGCAAGUAUGUUAUUAAAAAAACGACAAACCCAUUUUUUUUUAUUUCUUUUUAAGGAAAUGUAUGUUUACACUAAAACCUGGUGUAAUUAUUUUUGUACACACUCAUCCUGUGCUUUCUGUAUUCUUUUCAUGUUUUGGUAAAGAUAAAUAUACUGGUUAAAUAAUUGAUAAACACUUUCUUUUAAGUGAAA